UAUACUUUCCAAAAUGGCGUCGCACAUGUUGAAAAGGUGUACAAGAACUGCUUUCACAGCAGCAUUUUUGAGGAGACAAGCUACACGUUCAGUGUCUUCAACGCCCCGUAUUAUUUUUGCUGCUAAUAAAUAUUCACAGCAGCCAUUUCUAAGCAAUAACUUGUUAAUGACAAGCCAGUUAUCACCAGUUACUGUUCGCUACUUUGCAAGUGCGGGGAUGUCCAUUGGUGAACUACAAGAUCGAGUGUUAAACGUAGUUAAACUAUUCGAUAAAGUAAAUGCUGAGCUGGUAACAGUGGAAAGCCAUUUUAUCAAUGAUCUUGGUUUAGACAGCUUAGAUGUUGUUGAGAUUGUGAUGGCAUUUGAAGAUGAAUUUGCUGUUGAGAUUUCAGAUGAGGAAGCAGAGAAGAUAAUGACCAUAACAGAUGCUGUAGAAUUUCUGAAAAAGUCUCUAGAAGUUCACUAGGAUAAUAUGGGUUGACUUUGUUGUUAAACAAGAUGAUUUGCAAGUUGGAAGGAUCUUCUACAAGAUUCGUUUGUAAAUCUUUAAAUUUCAACAAGCAUGUUUGGUUGUAAUAAAGAUUGUACUUUGGUUGUGUAAUAAAUUUGAUCAAAACUUGAA